UUUAUCCAAAGUGAAGUGAAGUGUCGGAAUCGACAAGACUCGUUGAGUUUCAUGUCUUGUCUGAGAAAAUAUCAUUCUCGAGUUCGUUCACUGAAUCGUGCUAUAUCGAACGACGCAAGUGAAGUCGACAGACGAGCUCGCGCUCUGAGAGUUCUAAACAUCAUAUCUUCGAAACCAGGUGGAACUUCGAGUCGCCAGAACAAUCUUGGAAUCGUUACGGACUUUCUGCGAACAGAUUCGAAGCAUCUCAGAGAUGAUCAUGGCCUCUCAAGAACCAAACAUGGAGUCUCAAGCGUCCUGGAAGAAGUUAUUCUCGAGCAUUCUUCAGUUCUCAAGUGUAGUUUCGAUGCUUAUGGUUUGUCUUCCAACGUGAGCUCUUGCGGGUCGGAUCGUGACUUUCGAACCGGGUCUGGGUUUCAUUGCUUAGCUUUAAAAAGUGGGUUUGCCUCAGAUGUAUACGUAGGAAGCUCUUUGGUCGCUUUGUACAGAGAUUCUGGUGAGAUAGAUAACGCACAUAAAGUGUUCGUUGAAAUGCCUGAGAAGAACGUGGUUUCGUGGACGGCUAUGAUCUCAGGGUUUGCGCAGGAGUGGCGUGUGGAUAUCUGCUUGAAGCUUUAUUCAAAGAUGAAAAACUCAACCUCCGAACAACCGAAUGAUUACACGUUCACUGCUCUUUUGAGCGCUUGUACUGGAAGCGGAGCGUUAGGGCAAGGAAAAAGCGUUCAUUGCCAGACGCUUAAGACAGGUUUCAAGUCUUGUCUCCAUAUCUCAAACGCUCUCAUCUCGAUGUACUGUAAAUGCGGAGACUUGAAGGAUGCUUUCCGUGUCUUUGACCAGUUUUUAGACAAAGAUGUCGUCUCUUGGAACUCUAUGAUUGCUGGUUACGCGCAGCACGGACUUGCGACGCAAGCAAUCGAGCUUUUUGAAGUAGUGAUGGCCAAAAGUGGGACAAAGCCUGAUGCAAUCACGUAUCUUGGAGUCCUCUCAUCUUGCAGACACGCUGGUAUGGUAAAAGAAGGAAGAGAGUUCUUCAAUUCGAUGUCUGAACGCGGCUUGAAACCACAGCUCAACCAUUACUCUUGUCUUAUAGAUCUUCUCGGGAGGUUUGGUCUGCUGCAAGAAGCCUUAGAGCUGAUCGAAACCAUGCCGAUGGAACCAAACGCAGUGAUAUGGGGAUCUCUUCUUUUCUCUUGCCGUGUUCACGGAGAUGUCUGGACGGGAAUCAGAGCGGCUGAGGAACGGCUGAUGCUUGAACCUGAAUGUGCAGCCACGCAUGUCCAGCUGGCGAAUCUUUACGCUAGUGUGAGGUACUAUAAAGAGGCGGCGAUGGUGAGGAAAGCGAUGAAAGAUAAAGGGCUGAAGACGAAUCCAGGGUGUAGUUGGAUUGAGAUUGAUAACGAUGUUUUCAUGUUUAAAGCUGAAGAUGGUAGUAACUGUAGAAUAGUAGAGAUUGUUUAUGUUCUUCAUUGUCUUGUAGAUCUCAUGGAACCUCUCUAAUACAA